GUAAAUCAACACAGUUUGCAUCUGAAGACGUUGUACUGUUUUUCUUAACCACGUUUUAUGAUUACUGGCAAAUAAUAGCUUUAACCUCUCGCAAAGGGGAACAGAAUGACUCGGGCAUGCAACUGAUCCAAGCAGACAGCUCAAAGCUGCAAUCUACUUUCAGUCAACAAAAACUGACAGUGCGAUUAUGUACCUUCAAAACAAGAAUUCGCUUUGGAAUGGCUCAGGAAAUAUUUACCAAGUCAGUUAAGUUCCUGGAUGAACCAGAAUCAUCAGGCGAUGACAUUUUAGUUACAGCCAGCACUUACAAAACGUUGCCUUUCUUUAUUGGUUCAAGUGAUUUCUCUACCACUCAGCCUGAAGAUGUUGUUACAGAUGUGCUACCAUCAGAGCAAACAGCACCACUGCCUGCAGCAACCAGCCCAUCCUACAGCCUCUCUCAGAUCAUUGAACAGUCCCUUGAGGUACCAGAUUCCUCAGUGCCCACAUCUGAGAUUGUUCCUCCCGAUGGCACCGGGAUAGGAGUGCAGGAUAUUGCUGCUGAGUUUGACCACAUCGGUGUGAUGACCACAGCAGCACUGGAUGAAGUGGAGCAUGGCAGUGGUUAUAUCUCAGUGCUGACAACUGAGCCUGCAGAAGCCACCCCAGCUCCUACGCUGAAGUAUGUAACUACCAGCUCCAUGACAACCGCAGCCAAAGGCAAAGAACUAGUGGUUUUCUUCAGCCUGAGAGUAACCAACAUGCACUUCUCUGAUGACCUCUUCAACAGGAGUUCGCCAGAAUACAAAGCACUAGAACAACAGUUCAUGCAAUUGCUACUUCCAUACCUUCAGUCCAACCUUACAGGUUUUAAGCACCUGGAAAUACUUAACUUCAGGAAUGGAAGUGUGAUUGUGAACAGCAAAAUGAAAUUUGCCAGGACAGUGCCAUACAAUAUCACCGAAGCAGUACACUGUGUUUUGGAAGAUUUCUGUGAUGCUGCAGCCCAACACCUCAAUUUGCAGAUUGACAGCUAUUCCCUGGAUAUUGAGCCAGCUGAUCAGGCAGACCCAUGCAAAUUCAUGGCGUGCGACGAGUUUUCCGAAUGCAUAACAAACGAGUGGACAAAAGAGGCUGACUGCCUUUGUAAACCUGGUUACGCAAGCCAAGACGGAUUACCCUGUCGGAGCCUGUGUGAGUUGGAACCCCAUCUUUGCGUCAAUGGUGGGAAAUGUGAGUUAGUUCCAGGAAGAGGAGCCGUCUGCAGGUCACCAGACCAGUUUACAAAGCCAAGAUUGACAAGUUAG